CGGGGGCAGCUGGCGCCUUUUUUCUGGUGUGCGACCACAUGUAGCAGUGCUGUGUUGGUCAGUCCGGAGAAAUCGGCUUUCAGGUGAAUAGGCAUGAAGACGUUCACCAUCGACCCCAACGAUAUAGGAUGGUUGAAGGUAAUCAUGCAUACUGAAGCAGGGCAUUUGUUGCAGAAGUUCAGAGAGCUCAACACGUCGCAGUCUGUGUAGCAAAGCCAAUGUGAUUUAAUCUUUGCACAAACAGGCUGCAUAGAGAGUUUGAGAUGAUGUGGAUAAUAUGACCGCGAGAUUUCACUUAUCCAUUACCCUUUGUCGUAGCUGUACACCCGCAUAUCUCCACGCCGCAAAGGUCCAGCAUCCAGGUUCAUAACUGCUAUUUAUAGGGUGUAUUAUAUACGCCAGUUCGGUAGGCUGGCAAUUUUUGGCCUUGUGCCUCAGGCAGUAAGGCAUAAAGAUGGUUCUGUGGCUAUACUCCUACAAAGGGAGGAAAUUUGACAUCUUCAUUGUGAUUCCUGUUAAGCUCCAGCAUACCGCCCAUACUGCCCACACAUCUAUCAGCACAAGUUUAAAUAAUUCAUCCAUGAUGUUGACGCAAAAGAUCGUGUUUCGCUUCCCUUCUCGUGGUCUUGGUACUAGGCUUGGUCGGCGAGACCUUUCCCUGCUUUCCGUCCACUCGAGCUUUCCUUGCACGAUGUAUCGGUUUCAGUUACAACGCGGUUCGGCACUAUUUGACUGUAAUGCACAGAAUGGCAGAUUUCCCCGAGACGGUGUACCUGUAUCUAAGGAUGGUCUUGUCUAUCCUGGGAUGUCGAAGUUAUUCCCUUAUUUGCACGGCCCAGUCUUUAGGCCAAACACAUUGUCAAUGCAGGAAAUACUUCGUCAGGACUAUGACCUCUAUGAUGAAGAGCUGGAAGCUGGGCACUCUCCUGUAGAACCGCAGGUCAUUCAUAUUCCAAAAGGUAGAUUCACUACAUCCAAUCACACUACUAUCUAAUAUAUCCUAGGCACUGCCAUACCUGAGGAGUUGGUUCUAUUUCAUGAGGAGUUAUCUAAUUUCUCCCUCCAACCGUCGUGCCCAGUAACCUUGAGUGAUUUUAAUACUAUUUGAACCGAGUUUUAUUCGAAACAUGCUACUUAUACUGAUGCGGUGGAGUGGAUAGAGGAACAUGAGUUCUAUGAGGCUUUUGCAGACUCUGCUACGGUCGAUUGGCUCCGUCAGUGAAAGAGGCUUGAUUUUUG